AUGAGUCUCGUCAGGAUGCCACCCACUCGAGAUGAGAUCGAUGGGGAGGACGAGACGCUAGGGCUGCGAUCCGGUCAGCCGACCGAUCAGCGCGGGCCGCUCUGCUCGUACGUGGCGGCAACGGCGCUGCUGCUGCUGGGCUGCGGGGUGGGGCUCGGCAUCGGCGCGCUGCUCUCGUUGCUCUUCCCCGCCUCCUCGCUCCGCUUCAUCUCCACCAACGCUUCCCCUGACGCGCUGGCGGACGCUCAGUCGCAACUGUCGUUCCUGGUCGUGGGCGACUGGGGUCGCAACGGCGACUACAACCAAUCCAUCGUCGCGGAAUCGAUGGGCGAGGUGGCAGCGGCAAUAGACAGCAGCUUCGUGGUGUCGACAGGAGACAACUUCUAUGACGAUGGGCUGCAGGACAUCAAUGAUCCCAACUUCGCCUCCUCCUUCUCUGAGAUCUACCAGGCGCCCAGCCUGCAGACACAGUGGUACGCAGUGCUGGGGAACCACGACUACCACCGCAACCCCGACGCGGAGACGGACCCGGCGCUGAGGCGGAGGGACCCACGGUGGCGCUGUGAGAAGACCUACACUGUCGUGCGCGACACCUGCCCCAAGUUCCGCUACUUCGAGUGCAACCCGCUGCUGCAGCUGUUUUUCAUUGACACGUCCCCCCUGGUGGCGGGGUACUGGCACGGCAAGCCACACGAGUUUGAGAAGCUCAACUUCACCGGCCUCCCAGAUGCCUCCCUCACUCUGCACUACCAGCUCACGUUGCUGCGUGCAGCGUUGGCAUCGUCAACUGCCGCGUGGAAGGUGGUGGUUGGCCAUCAUCCCAUCCACAGCACAGGCAGCCACGGCAACACGCCUGAGCUGAUCAAGUUCCUCUACCCGCUUCUCAAGCGCUACAACGUGGACAUAUACAUGAACGGCCACGACCACAACCUGGAGCUUUACAAGGACGUCAACAGUGGUAUGUUCUUUGUCACAAGCGGGGGUGGAUCUAAGGUGGACCGGAAUCGCACAGUAACCGGUGACAACAAUUCCAUGUUCUAUCAUUCUCGACAGGGCUUUGUCUCUGCAAGUGUAACGCAGCAAUCCUUCACUAUAAAAUUCCAUGACAUGUUUGGUGCUAGCCUCUAUACACUGACAACCUCCAAGGACCCUCAGUGA